GCAUGCGCGGCAGCAGGAGGCGUGUCAAGUUGAUUGAAAGCGAAUGGCGCCGUAGCAAUGGCGGCGCUCAGAAGUGCGACUGGUGGUGGCAAUUGGUUUUCGGCUUUGGCGCUCGGGGUGACACUGCUCAAAUGCCUUCUCAUCCCCACCUAUCAUUCCACAGAUUUUGAAGUACACCGAAACUGGCUUGCUAUCACCCACAGUUUGCCGAUAUCACAGUGGUAUUAUGAGGCAACUUCAGAGUGGACCUUGGAUUACCCUCCCUUUUUUGCAUGGUUUGAGUUCGCCCUGUCACAUGUUGCCAAGUAUUUUGAUCAAGAGAUGCUGAAUGUCCGUAAUCUGAAUUACUCCAGCUCAAGGACCGUGCUCUUCCAGAGGUUUUCCGUCAUCUUCACAGACGCGCUCUUCGUGUAUGCUGUCCAUGAGUGCUGUAAGUGCAUUGAUGGGAAAAAAGCAGGCAAAGAACUUACAGAGAAGCCAAAGUUUAUUCUAUCAGUACUACUGCUGUGGAACUUCGGGUUGUUAAUUGUAGACCAUAUUCACUUCCAGUACAAUGGCUUUUUAUUUGGAUUAAUGCUACUCUCCAUUGCACGAUUAUUUCAGAAAAGGCAUAUGGAAGGAGCGUUUCUCUUUGCUGUUCUCCUGCAUUUCAAGCACAUCUACCUCUAUGUAGCACCAGCUUACGGUAUAUAUCUGCUACGAUCUUACUGUUUCACUGCAAAUAAACCAGAUGGGUCCAUCCGAUGGAACAGUUUCAGCUUUGUCCGUCUUACUUCACUGGGACUGAUUGUUUUCCUAGUUUCUGCUCUUUCAUUGGGUCCUUUUCUAGCCUUGAACCAACUGCCUCAAGUCUUUUCCCGACUCUUCCCUUUCAAGAGGGGCCUCUGCCAUGCAUACUGGGCUCCAAACUUCUGGGCUUUGUACAACGCUUUGGACAAAGUGCUGUCUGUCAUCGGUUUAGAAUUGAAACUGCUUGACCCCAGCAAGAUUCCCAAGGCCUCAAUGACAAGUGGUUUGGUUCAGCAGUUCCAACACUCGGUCCUUCCCUCAGUGACCCCCCUGGCCACCCUCAUCUGCACUCUGAUUGCCAUACUGCCCUCUAUUUUCUGUCUUUGGUUUAAACCUCAAGGGCCCAGAGCCUUUCUCCGAUGUCUGAUUCUUUGUGCCUUGAGCUCCUUCAUGUUUGGAUGGCAUGUCCAUGAAAAAGCCAUACUCCUUGCGGUUCUCCCAAUGAGCCUUUUGUCUGUGGGAAAAGCAGGAGAUGCUUCGAUUUUUCUGAUUCUGACCACAGCAGGACAUUAUUCCCUCUUCCCGCUGCUCUUCACGGCACCAGAACUUCCCAUUAAAAUCUUACUCAUGUUGCUAUUUACCAUCUAUAGUAUUUCCUCGCUGAAGACUCUAUUCAGAAAAGAAAAACCUCUUUUUAAUUGGAUGGAAACUUUCUACCUCCUUGGCCUGGGGCCUCUGGAAGUCUUCUGCGAAUUCCUGUUCCCUCUCACCUCCUGGAAGCUGAAGUUUCCCUUUAUCCCUUUGUUACUGACCUCAGUGUAUUGUGCCCUGGGCAUCAUAUACGCUUGGUUCAAACUGUAUAUUUCGGUAUUGACUGACCCUCCUGUGAGCAAGACAAAGAAGCAAUGAAUAAAGGAACUGCUGGGAUGUAUUCCAA